UAAAAAGCUUUAAAAAGCUUUCAGUGGAUAAAAAGUGUAGCUUAAUGGUGAAUGCAGAUUAGCAGUGCACACCUCUGUAAGAAUAUCAAAUUAAUCGUUUUUUCAAACGAAAACAUUUGUAACCUAUACAUAUGUAGGACCCCUGCCCUGGUGAUAACUAAGACAUUUACAUACCAUCAAGGCAAAGAUAACAUACUUCCACCGCAAAAAGGCAUAAGUACCUGACUCAACUUUACACCUUAUUCCCAGCGCGUACUGCCGUCAGUCAAGCCUUACUCGUCCAGAGCAGAGGCUUUCCUCAAUGGGACUAACGCGAACUUUCUGGAAGCUCAGUACUUGGACUGGGCCAAGUCGAGAGGACCCAUUGAUUCGGUGAGGAUCUUCUUAUGUUAAAAACUCUUGUAACUGUAAGGCGUCUUGGAAAUUAAGAAAAACCUAGGGUGUUCCGCUGGAGAGUCACUCUGGCUUCACGUCACGAAAACGAUAUUUGAGCGCUAUGACGCUGUUGUGCUAACCACUCUGACUCUAUCGCGUUAACGGUGGUGUCAUGCGGCUCUUAUGAACUUCGUAUUUCAUGUGAUUUCAUCUAGUAAGAGUUUCCCUCCUCUGGGCAGACUUCCUUGACAGAAAGCAGUCGUGUGUAUUCGUGAAUAGUCGAGAUGUGUGUCCAGCAGUGAGUACUUAGAUGAUGACGGCGUAAAACUGUAGCAAUGCUUUCAACCCCUGGAUGAAAAAGAGGAGCGUUAUAAAUUUAACGUGUCUGAGUAUUUCUGUGGUAAACCGAUUUUUGUUGUUUUAAGGUAGGUAAGUAUAACUAUUUUAUUAAAAGCGGCUUACAAAAGUUAUGCAACUUUUUGCGGUUAUUAGGAACUACGUAUUCUAAGGCAUGAUUCGAGGUUGUUUGUUGCUCACGCAGUCUUGGGACAAGUUCUACGAGAGCAUCGGUGGAGCGACGAGCCUCAGGAUCGAAGAGUAUGAGGACGAGUACAGCCCCAAAGCCGCCCGUGAGACGACUCUUCACAUAAUAAUUAUUUUGUAUAAUAAUUAAUAUUCGGGGGCAUCUCACGGCAUUAUGGGUAUCGGACAGCUGAUUUAUCUACGCUUACACAUAUUUGUCUUUAAACAAAUAUCUACCCCGCCUGGGAAUCGAACCCGGGAUCUUCGGCAUAGCACUAUCACUAACCACUACACCAUUCGAUUGUCAUAAUAGAGUGCGCCUAUGCCGAAUAUUGUGGCGCCCCUUGGUCUAGGUCUUAUCGGACGAUUACUUGCUUGAUCAAGCUCGCCCGACUUGCUUUAUACAAUCACGGGAAUCACGGGACUCACGGGCAAUGAAAAGGUUUCACUGAGGAAAGCACCAAUUUACUCAUAGGAAAAAGCUAGCUUAAGAAAACCGUCUGCAAAAUUGAAGUAAGUAUAUACAUUUAACAGAGCAUCAGGAUAUUACCAACUAUAACAGUAAUAUUUUGUUCAAAAUUUAAAUUAGGUAUAAAUGUUGGCAUUUUGAGAGUAAAACUUUUUCAUUGCCCUUGAGUGUAAAAAUGUAAUUGUCGGACACAUUGCAGCUAAAGCUAAGCCCUCCACCCCGGCCUGCGAGGAGGAUCGGGCCAAGGAGACCAUCAAGCUGCACCUCGCCGUCGCCAACCUUAUCCGGAGCUACCAGGUUCGACUCCUGACUCAUUAUUUAUUUAUUUGAUAAUUACUUUAAUUCACAAAUAUAAUAAGUAUGAGUCUAGCUCUACCGGCAAAUUCAUACCGCCUCUUACCCUAACCUAACCUAUCCCUACCUACCUUGUCGCCUACAAUAAAAAGUAUGUUAAGAAUUAGCCGGUGAGAUUAGCGCCUAUCGCUGACUGUCCAGGGUGUGCCGGACGUAUGUACGAUCGAAACAAGUGAUAAUAUUUCCUUAUAGGUACUUACUUAUACAUAUAAAGAAUUAUCAGUUGAUAAUUAAGUAUCAUCUUCAAUAUUUUUAGUUGCAAUUACUAGACCCCACCUUACAUAACGCGGGGAGCCAAGAUCAAAUAUUGGUCAACUACAUCCUAAUCCUAAUCCUAACUAUAUUAAUAUUAUAAAUGCGAAAGUAACUGUGUCUGUCUGUCUGUCUGUUACUCUUUCAUGCCAAAACUACUGAACGGGUUUGAAUGGAAUUUGGUACACACAUGGUCUAGCUAGACCCUGUGAAAGAACAUAGGCCACUUUUUAACCCGAAAUUCCCACGGGAAAACUUUUUAAGGCGAAGCGAAGCGCGCGGGAACAGCUAGUUUAAAAUAAUGUGUAAUUUGGCCGGAAUCCGUAAUCUGUGCAGUGCCGCGGCCACCUGCUCGCCAAGACAGACCCGCUGGGGCUGACGCUGGCCGCGACCUACGUGGUGGCCAAGACGCCCUCCGCUGACUGCCCCUGCAUGGACACGCGCGGGCUGGACUCGCUCGUGGUCGCCAGGGAACUCGGCACCACGCUGUGUGAGACAUGACGGUUGUUGUAGGUUGUAGAUCAGCGCUUGGAGCGUCAACCGUAGCGGCGAGGAGCACAUGGACAUGAAGUUCGAGCUGCCCGAGCGGACCAACAUCGGCGGCGCCGAGAAAGAACUCACGUUGAGGGAAAUAAUAGCGCGACUGGAGAAGGUGUACUGCGGCUCCAUCGGCGUGGAAUACAUGCACGUGAUCGACAUCGACGCCAUCUCCUUCAUGAGGGAACGCAUGGAGACCCCGGGGGUCAUGGCCAAGACCCCCGACGAGAAGCGGCUCAUCAUGAGGCGGUUGACCAAAGCUGUGUUCUUGGAGAAGUUUUUCGCGACAAAAUGGCCGUCGGAGAAGCGGUUCGGGCUGGAGGGCGGCGAGAGCAUGAUCGCGCUGGCCGAGGAGAUCGUGGACUCCAGCACGCGCCUCGGCAUCGAGUCCAUCGUGGUGGCCAUGCAGCACCGAGGUCGUCUGAACAUGUUGGUGAACGUGUGUCGCAAGCAGCUCUCGGACGUGUUCGCUCAGUUCACCCCCAUGGAGCCCAAGGAACGGGGUUCAGGAGAUAUCAAGUAUCAUCUGGGAACGUACAUCAACCGUUUUAUUCGAGCGACCAAUAAAUAUAUCAAGGUGUCGAUGAGCGCGAACCCCUCGCACUUGGAGGUGGUGAGCCCGGUGGUGGCCGGCAAGGCCAAGGCCGAGCAGCACUUCCGAGGGGACACCACGGGGGGCAAGGUGAUGGCAAUAAUAAUGCACGGCGACGCGGCAUUCACGGGACAAGGCGUGGUGUACGAGACCAUCGGCAUGAGCAGCCUGCCCGCCUUCACGACCCACGGCUCCAUCCACGUGGUCUGCAACAACCAGAUCGGCUACACCACCGAGCCGCGGUUCUCGAGGUCCUCGCCCUAUUGCUCAGACGUAGCCAAAGUGGUGGACGCGCCCGUGCUGCACGUGAACGGCGACGACCCCGAGGCCGUGGCGCACGUGGCGCGCGUGGCCAUCGAGUACCGCUGCCGGUUCCGCAAGGACGUGGUCGUGGACUUCGUCUGCUACCGCCGCUUCGGCCACAGCGAGGAGGACGAGCCCAUGUUUACGCAGCCCUUCAUGUACAAGAAGAUUAGGAGCAUGAGCACUAUUGACCAAAUAUACGCGAAGAAGCUGAAGGCAGAAGGCGUGAUCACGGACGCAGACAUAAAGAAGUGGGAGACUGAGUACCAGGACACCAUGACGAAGCACUUCGAGAUGAGCAAGAAGACGACGCAGCUCAGCAUCAUGGACUGGACCGACACGCCCUGGACCGGCUUCUUUGAGGCCACCGAUCCGUCUAAGAUCCAACCGACGGGCGUGAGCGAGCAGACCAUCGCGCGGAUUUCGAAGCACUUCUGCCAGAUCCCCGACGCCUCAGAGUUCCUGGUGCACAAGGGCAUCGUAAGGAUGCUGGCCAAUAGAGAGAAAAUGGUGCAAGACGGCGUAGCGGACUGGGCGAUGGGCGAGGCGCUGGCGUACGGCUCGCUGCUGCGGGACCGCAUCCACAUCCGCUUCACCGGGGAGGACGUAGAGCGAGGCACAAUGGCUCACAGACACCACGUGUACCACCACCAGGGCGUGGACGGCGCCACGCUGCGGGUGCUGGACUCGCUGUACCCGGACCAGGCCCCCUACAACAUACACAACAGCGCGCUCAGCGAGUUCGGAACCCUCGGCUUCGAAGUGGGCUACUCUUACUCCAGCCCUUACGUGUUGACCUUCUGGGAGGCGCAAUACGGGGACUUCGCUGACACGGCCCAGCCCGUCUUCGACACGUUCCUGAGCAACGCGCAGAGCAAGUGGGUGGUGCAGUCGGGCAUCGUGGUGCAACUUCCGCACGGGCUGGACGGAGCUGGUCCAGAACACUCGUCGGCGCGCGUGGAGCGGUACCUGCAGCAGGCUGAUGAUGACGAAGACGCGGUGCCCGACCUGGACGACCCCGACCUCGUGUUGAACCAACUCCGCGACUGCAACUGGAUCGUGGCGAAUGUGACGACGCCGGCCAACUACUUCCACCUGAUCCGGCGGCAGAUGGCCAUGCCGUUCCGCAAGCCGCUCAUCCUCAUGACGCCCAAGGUCGGCCUCAAGCACCCCUACUACCGCUCGCCGUUCAAGGACUUCACUUUCGGCAACGAGUUUCAGAGAGUGAUCCCCGAAAGCGGGCCCGCGUCUAAAAACCCUUCGGGCGUGAAGAAGCUGAUAUUCUGCAGCGGCAAGAUCGCCAUCACCAUCUCGGAGCUGCUGCAGGAGAAGAAGCUAGAAGAAUGUAUCGCUAUGUGCCGCCUCGAGCAGCUCUACCCGUUCCCCUACGACCUAGUCACGAAGGAGUGCUGCAAGUAUCCGGAAGCCAAGGUGGCCUUCGCUCAAGAGGAGCACAAGAACCAGGGUCCGUGGCUCUUUUGCAAAGUUCGCAUUGAAAACCUCCUGGGGACGCGAAUCGAGUGCAUAUCGCGACCGCCCAGCGCAGCCUCCGCGACCGGGAUGAAGUGGCUCUUCAACAAGGAGUUGGAGGCUCUCAAGGAGGCCAUCGUGAGGCUACCCGACGAAGGAAAAACUGAUUGCUAAUUGUACUGAAUGUUUGUAUUUUUUUAUUUGUAUUGUAUCUUUGUACGCCCCGUUGUAGGUGAACUUUCGGUAUUUAUUUUACUUGUGAAGGACCGAGGUUUAAGUUGCGGAAGCAAAAUUACAACCUACUUAUACCGGAGCGUUUCUGGCAACUGGGGUAAGCUUUUGUAAAAUUUUGGUUUUUUACGUACUUAUUUAUUAAAAUAAUAUUUAUGUUAAUAAAAAAUUAUGUGAUUUA